AUGGGUGGAAGAAGAGAGCAGUCUCCAGGUAUGAAUGUUUGUUUGCUUUGAAGCUACAGAGUUACAGAAGAAAGGCAAGGUUUGUCUGCCUUGAAGCUACAGAGUUGCUCAAUUUCCUAGUUGUGCUUUUUUGUGAUCAAAUUGAAAAAUCUGCACUUUUGAAAAAACCUGCAAUCCUAUCAAUUGUGCUCGCCUGAAAAAUAUCCACUGCCCUGAGAAAAUGUAGUCCCCUGAAAAAUCUCUACCCCACUGUAAAAUAUCUCUACCCCACUGUAAAAAUCUCUACCCCACUGUAAAAAAUCUCUACCUCACUGUAAAAAAUCUCUACCCCACUGUAAAAAAUCUCAACCCAAUCUCCUCUAUAAAUCCCCACCCUACCCCUCCAUGUAAAAUCUCUCCCCACCCUCUCUAAAAAUUAUUUACCCCCACUCCAUUAUAAAAGAUCGCAACCUCACACCCACUAUAUAUAAGAAAUUAUUUGCCCCACCUCAUUAUAAAAAAUCAACCUUAUCCCCCUCUUUAACAAACUCUCUGCAAUCCUAUCGAUUGUGCUUUCUCCUGAAAAAUAUCCACUGCCCUGAGAAAAUGUAAUCUCCUGAAAAAUAUGCACCCCGGAAAAAAUCUCUACUCCACUGUAAAAAAUCUUUACCAAAUCCCCUCUAAAAAAUCCCCUACCCUACCCCUCCAUGUAAAAUCUCUCCCCACCCUCUCUAAAAAAUAUUCACCCCACCCCAUUAUAAAAAAUCUCAACCUCACCCCCACUAUAAAAAAUCUUCAUCUCACCCCAUUAUAAAAAAUCUCAACCGCAUCCCCCUCUUUAAAAAAUCUCCACCCAACCCCACUACAAAAAAUCUCAAUUCAACCCCACUACAAAAAAUCUUCACCCCACCCCCUCUAUGAAAAAUCUUCACCCCACUCCACUACAAAAGUCUCCACCCCAUGAAUAGAGAGUUCCCUUGAUCUUUACUUAUCUCACUUCGUGUGACUUUGGAGUUUGGACUUCAAGUGUAUGAAAGUUCAAUUUCUUAUAUAUAUUUGAUAUACUUGCAGUGUUGAAGCCUAGUUGGGAAUCUGAAGAAAAAAGUGCACCAGUUGCCAAAAAGAUGAAGAAUUAUCGUCAACCUGAGAAAAUGCAAGAAGAUAACAAUAACACUCCUAAAAUUUCUCCACAAGACUGGCCACCAAGUUUAAAGUAAAUACAGCUAUAUUCUCUACAGAUCUAUAUCAUUCAUUGCCAAGUUAACUCUCAAUGUGCCCUCAAUAUUUUGCGACGUUUCUGCCACAGUUCAAUACUAAGAAAACUACAGAUUCAUAAAGAUACUACUAUACCUCAAAAAUACAAGGAGAACUUCGACGUUCUAACUUCCUGACGAACGCCUUGAAUUCGCUUGAAGCGUUGAAAUUUUCCUUGUAAUUACCAGGUAGUUGUAUCCCUAUCAAUCUCUAUGUCUGUUCGUAACCAGUAAUGUCCCAUCGUCUCUAGGGACUAUGUCCAACGUGCGUUUGAUCAAUGCGAAACAGAAGAACAUAAGGACAUUACAGAGAAUCACUUGAAGAGAAUGUUGACAAGAGCUUUCAAAGAAGGAUCUGCUUGGGGAGUCAACUGGGAUAAAGAACCGUUGCCAAAGUAAGUCGCUUUUGUUUUUUAUAAAUAGGGUACCGUUCUUGUCCUGCAUCUUCGCUCUGCGAUUAACUACAAUUUGAAGCCUUGAAUGUCAUUUCCUGCAUUCUAAGUACUACAUUUACAUAUUUGUUAAAUUUCUCCUCACCCUACUUGUAUAUCAGGCAAAAAUUGAUGAUCGUUUCAACUCAGCGGUGAAAAAAUUUGUUUGCAAUGCAUACGCGAUGUGUCAGAUGUAUAACUCCUAUGAUUCAUUAUGUACAUAGAGCAACGGUUUUCAACUGGUUUUCUCAUGUGUCCCCGAUUUCACAUGAUUGAAUUACCACGUCCCCUGAACAGAAAUUGCCCACUGAAGUCUAUCAAAAACACGAAUUUCGAAAUAGUUAGUAAAAUAGUAAAUGAUUUAAAUUUUAAAUAAUAGAUAGAAAGUCAAGCAAACAUGUUUAUAGUACAAACUAUUGUAUUCAACUAUUGUAUUCAACUAUUGUUUUCUCAGUCCUAGACCAGUUUGUGUCCCCUAGGAAUUUGCCAAAUGUCCCCUCUCGGGGACAUGUCCCCCAAGUUGAAAACCGUUGACAUAGAGUAUACGCGAUAUACGAAAAUUAAUGCGCUUAACCUAUAACAUAAUCUACACCAACUGCUACGUUAUGUGGUUACGGCGACCCGCCGUAUUGGCGCUUGAAUAUUUUCUCGCGUUCUCAAUAAUCAAUCGUUUCAAUAUAAUAAAUAAUAUUCACAAAUCUAAACUUAAUAUGGAAUACCAGAGUUUUCUCGCUGAACACCACUAGGGCACCAGUAGGAAGGAUGCGCGCCCUCCUACAUCCCCUAAGACACGCCUCUGCUGUCAUUAGUAAAACUUGGACUUGUACACUGGUUCUACACAGGGCCCAUUUUCACUCCACGGACAGAAAAUAUUCCGAAAAUAUUAUUGUUCAAAAUUCUUUCCGACUGAAAAUUUGUGUCGGCCAAUCACAUUUUACAAAAUUUUCUUCCUGCCGUAAAUAUUUCUGAGUUGGAAAUGGACGUGUUUUAUCUAUUCUCGUAGUGUGCGACCAGAUCGCGAAUCAAAACGAUCGAAACUUCUCCGACGACUCAGUCAACGACCAGCAAGCCCGGAGAGGGAAGAUCUCGAAGUCGUAGCUCGAGCAGAUCUCGCAGUCCUCCACCAAGUAUAUCUAGUAACAACAGUUCACCUGAGAUCAAUAAUAGAAAACACAACAGAAGAGCAAGAAAUAGGGAGAAACAGAGAGAUAAUGAACAUCCAGGCAAGAGACCCAAGUCUGGGGGAAAACGUCAGAAUAAGAAGAAGGAAAACAAGUAAGUAGAGUUUAUUUUUUAUCAAUCUGAUAUACUGUACUAAAGAGUUUGUCUCCUAAGCCUGGUAUACACUGAUCAAAGUUCUGUGAUCACAGUAGGAAUUUUGCAUGGGUAAAUUCUAAGUUUUGAAGGAUUUUUUAAGAGAUUGACUGAGUGUAAACAAUGAGCUAUUUCCCCUCAAAAAUUUCUUACAAAUCAUGAAAUCAUUCAAAACUUAGAAUUUACCGAUGCAAAAUUCAUACUGUGAUCACAGAAACUUUGAUAGUGAAACCCAGCCUAAAGACUAUGUUCACAUCUCACUGGAGUGAAAUAAUGUCAGACGCCACGUUUUACGCCUGUUCACACUAAGCCGUUUAUAGAGUACAUACACGUAUUUUUGUUGUCGAUGUACCCAAGUAAAGAUUUUUUUAUAUAAUAUAAUUCAAGUAAUACCUUGUAUUUGCAAGCAUAUCAUUUUGGCGUUGUGUCGGGAGUGUAAUUUAAUGACCUAGCUAGGGGGCUGUCAUGUGUCGAAAUGUGACUCCAACCCUGACACUGUAAGAUGCUGAAACCACCAGCUCCAUCAGUGGGGCGUUCUUGUCGUUCAUUCAUUCAACAUAAUGUUGUUUUUUAGAGAGAACGUGUUUGCUCCCAUUGACCCCGAGAGCCAUGAACGUAAACAGAAAAGAGCUGCUCGCUUUGUCGAAACUUCUAAUGGUAGUCCAAGUUUGUUUGGGAGCCUCCUUGAAAGUUUGAAUUCCACGGUAAGACAUUUAUGUAAUACUUCAAACAUGAAAAGCAGUUUAUCAAGCACUGGAAACUGCAUUUCAGCACGAGGAAAAACAUUUAGUUUCAUUCUCUAAAUGGAAAGGUUUUAAUAUGUGAAAUGUUUUGUAGCUUUUGAAUGAAAAUGAAGAUGAAGAAAAUAUUGAUUGGACGAAAUUUCAUAUCAUUGGCACUUGUGAAGAACUGGAAAAACGCUUUUUUAGGUUAACGAAGGUAUGUAGAUCGUAACUAUAACUACCGUGAAGACCCAUUUCCACUCAAGAAAAAUUUCCACCGACAGAAAAUUUUCCGAAAAUAUCAUUGUUAAAAACUGAAAAUUUUAAACUUCAAAAUUUUUUUUCGACGGAAAAGUUGUGUCGGCCAAACACAUUUUGCAAAUUUUCUUUCUGCGGAAAAUUUUCAUGGGUGGAAAUUGGCCUUAGUGGUAGAGCCUGUUCGCAGGCUACCUUAGUGGUUGUAACCAUGUAGGAGAUUAACACUACAGAAAACUAUGACUUUAUCAUAACCCGAUCUUGUUUACUAUAGCCUCCAGAUCCAUCGACAGUCCGACCUCUGGAAGUGCUGAAGAAAUCCCUGGAGAUGGUGAAGAAUGAUUGGAAGACUAAACAGGAUUACAGAUACGCAUGUGAACAACUUAAAGCCAUCAGACAAGACUUGACGGUAUGUCGAGAAUGUUUUGAAAUCAAGUUUGCAUGUCUUCUGCACAUAAUAUCCAUUUAGGUCAGGUUUCCGAAAACCUGAAUCCUGAUAUCGACACAGAGACGGUGGCAAGCCCUUGGAUUCAGCAGAUUCUGUUGCAACUCGCAAACAGUCAUUAUUUUGCUUAAUUUUUCUUGUAUUAUUUUAGGUUCAAGGCAUCAGAAAUGAUUUUACUGUGCUCAUUUACGAAACCCAUGCGAGAUUAGCGUUGGAAAAGGUAAAUACUGUAAUCUUCCAGUUUAAGUCGAUAAGCUCUUUAGGGUUUUUCAAAUGUCAUGUAUAUAUUACUUUUGUAAAAAAUAUUUACUUCAAGAACACCAUUGUAAUCGUUAUUUUUCAACGGUUGGAAGUUUCUUCAUUGUGAGUUAUUUUGAUCCGAGUUUUUCUGAUCUGAUGAUGAUGUUGUUGUUGUUGUUGUUGUUUGAUAGAUAGAUAUGUUUAAACCUAUCUGUCAUGUUGUUUGUUGUUGUUGCUUGUUGUCGAUACUAACCGAUCAUACAAAAUGCCUUCGGAUUUGGCGCUUGCCUGCCCUGCCGCUUCCGGUAAAGAAACUUUUCAGGGGGGGAGAUGUUAUUGUCUAUGGUGUUCUAACUUACAUAUGUUUCUUUCUAUAGAGUGAUAGUGCGGAGUUCAACCAGUGUCAGUCUCAAUUAAAAUCUUUAUAUUCUGGAGGUCUUAGUGGGAAUAGGAAUGAAUUUACAGCAUAUCGGAUUCUUUAUCUCAUUUAUACCAACGACACUAGAGAUAUCCUUUUAUACAUCUUUUUCUUACGGGGAAUAUGUCAUCAUGCACAAUCCCGUAUUGUUGGAUGUUUUAAUGGUGGGAAAAUGGUUUAGAGGUGAUAGAGCUAUUCAGUAUAAGUAAAGUUAUUUUAGUUUUUCUCCUAUUGGACCAAUACGGGAUGUACCUUAAAAACAAUUUAAAUAGACCCUGAUAGAGUUAUCCGUAAAGAAGCUAUAGUUUUACUUCAGUUGUACUAUUCGUAUUACCAUAUAGAUUAUAGUAAUAUACAAUUUUACCUUAACUGUUCUCACAGCUUACAACGACCAUGUCAGCUCUCCCGGUUGAAGAGAAAAACGACCCGUUUAUAAAGCAUGCGUUAAAAGUGCGCUCCGCGUGGUCGCUGUCAAAUUAUCAUUCUUUUUUCCAGCUUUAUUCAACAGCACCGAAUAUGGGCGGAUAUCUUUUGGACUUGUUCGUACAACGGGAAAGAGAGAGGGCGAUCAAGAUUCUGUUAAAAUCGUGGGUUAUAUCGCUCCUUCUCUUGGGGCCGUGUUACGCGAGGCAAUUUUUCCCGCAACUUGCAACGAGACUUCUGACAUAUAGGGCGUGUUCCUAGGCAUCAACUAUGUCGCUGACCUCAGAAUGACAUUUCGUCAAAACUUUUUCGUUCAAAAUUGGUUUAGAAACAAAUUUGGAAUAGGGUUAGGUUAGGGUAAGGGUUAGAGUGAGGCCAGCGAAAUAAUCUCUUCCGUGUUCCUAUGCCCCUUUGGUACGGAUAUAAAAUUCAAUUUGUGUUCAUUUUCGCCGAUUUUGACCUGCACACUUUAGUCUGCUGGCUUCAGCAUGUGUAGCGCCUCGGCAUGCAUUUGGUAAGUAUGACAUCACAUGCGAAAUUCACUUCUUUUAUUUCGCAUAUGACGUCAUACUUACCAAACGCUAGCCCAAAAUUGAACAAACCUGCCAAAAACAGUAAAGGUCCUAGGUAUAGCUCACGAUUUCUCGGCCAUGGUUCCGUGUCAGAAAUUUCGUUGCGAGAUACGGUAAAAAGUGCCUAGUGUAAACUUGGCCUUUUGGGGUUUGCUUAAAUCGGGCGACGAUCUAGAAUGUGUCCAUACCGCUCUCGUUAAUACAAUCUAUGAUAACAUUGAUGCAUGCAAGACCUAAGUCCAGCCUACCCCUAACCUUAACUUCCUAGCCAUACCUCGUAUAUUAAUCCUUACCUUAUCAAGCACCUGGAUGUUACUCCUGUAACCAGAUUAAUAUCCGCUUUUUCAUUGAUGUUUUCUUAAUUGUAACAACACUGACAGAGCUAUUUGGGCGUGUCCUUGAUCAUUGCCCCGGUUGAAGCAAACCCCGUUAUCUUUUUAAUUAUUUAUCUCGCUUAUAGUCUAUUGUUUCGCGUCAACCUCGUAUACAAGCCCUUCCUUCGACGUUUUGAGAGAUCGAAACGUCAGAGCGUCAUGUUAAACUCCCCUUAGAAUCUCUCUAACCCCUCUUAUAAAGUGUUCAACCUUCAGUCUCUAACCCCUCUUAUAAAGUGUGAAAGUCUUUAACCCUAACGCCUAACCCCUGUAAAAAGCUCGCUCAGUGGUGCCGCUUGCACCCGCUAGAAAUUUUCCCACCCCUCCCUUAAAAAAAAAUGAAAAUCCGCCCUUGCAGAACGUUGUUUUCGGGUAGUUCAGUCGCUUAGUGACGCACCAAGGCCUAUGCAAAAUUUGUGGGACUAGCAUGUCAGAAAGAAGUGUCGACUAACGUAGUCCUUGCUUCUCCACCAGUAAUUCUGCUGGUGGACCAGGGCAUUUGAAGAGGAUUUUUCACCUGAAACAUGAGUUGGACUUGGCCUGGCUUGUGCACGAGGUUGACAUGUAUGUUUUAUAAUAUCCGUAUUCUCCUUGAUUUCUUUUCAUUCUGAUGCUUUCUGUGAGGUGCAGAACUACCUUUUAAGAUAUAGCGAUGUCUGAUUUUUCGUGUACAGGAAGGCUGUGUAGUAGUGGCGGAAGUCGUCACUUUUAGCAAUUUCCCUUUGCUAGCAAGUUCAGACUUUGUCGUAUCUUUUACAAGUCGUUGUGAACCUCACAGAAACCCCUGUUUCUACACCUGCACUAGACUCAAAGUUUACAAAACUCUUACCUGACUUUCCUUGCCUAAUAUAUUCUCUCUGUUCUCCUUUGCUUCUAUUUCUUCGUAUUCCCCAAUUUUUUCUUCGUUGCAUUUCAUUAAUCCCACCCUCCCAUUCCUACCUGUUUUUAUAUGUCCCCUGUUACUAACUUGUUAUACUUUUUUCUUUUCUUUUAAUUGCCGUUGUAUGAUGGUGUUGACAACUAUAGCUAUCGCCCUUUCUUACCCGUCGCGUUCGUUCAGUCGGAAUUAGCAUUUGUAGACGAAGCGACAUGUCAGGAAUUCUUCAAGGGACUGGGUCUAAUCCUUACCGCCGAUAAUACAAAAGUGGACUGCAAGCAAUCACAAGCCAUUUUAUCAGCAGCAGCCAGCUAG